AUGUUAUACUCUGAACGAUACUGCUCGAGACUUGAAAGCGUUUCGAUUCUGGUAAAGUUUGUAGCCUUGGAGAUGUGUGCAGAAUCCAUUUGCCUUCCUGCCGCAGAAUUAUCUUCUCUCACGCAAGCAAACAACUAUUUAGCUGUGAAUUUGUAUAAACUUCUUGCAAAAGAUGGGGAAAACAUUUUCUUUUCACCUUUCAGCCUAUCAACAGCCUUAGCAAUGCUCUUCUGUGCUGCCAGAAAUGAAACAUCUCUGGAAAUAAGACGAGUCCUUGGAUAUGAAAUUGCAAACAUCACAGAUGUCAGCCUCGUGUCAGCUUUUCAGCAACUACUUUCUGCACUAGAGAAGACUCCUGAUGAUUAUGUUAUAAGUUUUGCAAACAGCUUACUCAGUCAAAAAAAUUUUGCCAUUAAGGAUGAUUAUAAGUUAACUCUGAAAGAAACCUUCAAAGCCCUGAUGAUGGAAGCUGAUUUCGUAAGCGAAUCUGAGAAAAUUGUCAAUCAUAUCAACGAAUGGGUGAAAAGCAAAACCAACAACAUGAUAUCUCAGCUUCUGGAUUCACUUGAUCUUUCUACAGUUCUAAUAAUACUAAAUGCCGUGUACUUUAAGGGUACUUGGUUGAACCAGUUUAAGAAAAGGUUAACUCGAAUUCAGUCUUUUUACAGCAAAGGAAUAAAAAACAACGCCAAACAGGUGAAUAUGAUGCACCUUACGGAAUCGUUCCUGUAUUUGGAGAAGGAAUCUUUUAGAGCUUUACUAUUGCCAUAUAAAGGGGAGGAACUAGCCAUGCUUGUUCUAUUGCCUAAUUCUAUAAACGGUUUGGAGGAAUUGGAAAACCAGUUGUCUUCUAAUUUCAUUCAAGAUAUAAAGCGAGAAAUGUGUAAACGUAAAGUAAAGGUAGCAUUCCCUAAAUUUCAACUAAAUUACACUAAAUCCAUGAAAGAGUCUUUCCAAAGCUUGGGACUAGAGCGAGUAUUUAAAGAUUGUGCUGAUUUGAGUGGAAUGAGCGAUUCUAAACAGUUGAAGGUGUCGGAAAUUAUACAUAAGGCUGUUGUGGUUGUCAAUGAAGAAGGAACGGAAGCUGCUGCUGCUACAGCUGUAGCCAUAAAUUGCUACUCGUUGUCUUUUGAUCCACAAUUUAUUGUUGACCAUCCAUUUACAUUUGUAAUAUAUAACACAAUCAGCAAUCUUAUUAUGUUUAUGGGUCGAGUGGAAGAUUUAGAGUAGACUGCAAAAAUGAAACUUAUGCUGUCUAAUAAUAUUACUCUCAUAAUCUGCAUACGUUUAUUUUUCACAGUAUUGUACAUUGAAUUACUAUAAUGAAAAGAAUUUAAAUUGAAUACACUUUUGUUUAUUGUAAUGUUAUAUAAUUUGAAGUUUUUCUCCUACAUUUUGGCGCACCAUGAUUUGUUAAAAGCGCUUCAAGAAUAAAUAAAUAAAAACUUUUGUAUGUUA